GAGUGGGACAGGGAACAUCACAGACACUGCAUCCUUCCAAGUGCUGGAUGUAGUUAACCGAACGCUGCUGCAUGUAUCUGUCCCUGGGGGCACUUUGCUGUAUCCAGUGUGCGGCAAGGACUGGCUGAUUCAAGCGUGUUUCUCUCUCUCUCUCUCUCUCUGUGUCCCCUUGACUCCUUAUUUUUUUCUCUCUCUCUCUCUCUCUCAGUCUCCAAUCCCUGCUACACCGCCUCACUAGAAGGAGCCAGUGUGUGGGUGUGACUGCAGCAAGUGCAUCGACUACCGAGCCAGAUGGAAGGGGCGGCUGGGCUCCCGGUGUUGCUGCUGCUGCUGGCCAGGCUCCUGGUGCCUACUGCGGGCGAGGCUCCCGCAGCGCCGCCGGGGACAGGGAUCCUCAACUGGGAUCGGAAAGAGUUGGCGCCCAAAGAAUGCUUCACCAUCCUGGCCCACCAUAACCGCCUCAGGAGCAAAGUGCAGCCUCCUGCGGCUAACAUGCAGAAGCUGGAAUGGAGUGAGAACCUUGCCCGACUGGCACAGCUGCGGGCAGCCAGUUGCCACAGGAAUCACCAGGAACCGUGGGCUCAGAGAGAAGAGGAGGAGGAGAUCGGCUGGAAUUACCAUUCCUCACCGGUUGGGACGUUGUCUGUCUCUGAAAUUGUUGACCUGUGGUUUCGGGAGGCUCAGAAUUAUCACUACCACACGGGACAGUGCAAAUACAAUACCUCCUGCCAGCAUUACACUCAGCUUGUCUGGGCGACCACCAGCAAAGUGGGGUGUGGGAAGCGCACGUGUUUUCAGAAUGGAGAAUGGAUGGACAUCGUUAUCUGUGCCUAUUCACCAGGAGGCAACUGGGAAAUCAAUGGAAGAACCAUCAUUCCUUAUAAGGAAGGGGCUUCAUGCUCCCUCUGCACCUCUCGCAUGUCAGGUUGCUUUAAAUCCUGGGAUCACCGUGGUGGACUGUGCGAGGUUCCCAGGAACCCGUGUCGGAUGAGCUGCAGUAAUAGAGGCCAGCUGAAUGUGAGCUCGUGUCGAUGUGAGUGUUUACCAGGAUUCACUGGAAGGUACUGCCAAGUCAGGUGCAGUGUGCAAUGCAUUCACGGGAAGUAUAGAGAAGAAGAGUGCUCCUGCAUGUGCAAUGUUGGAUAUGGAGGUGCCCUGUGUGGGGAAAAGAUGGAGUUUCCAUUUCAUACCUGUGAUAUCCAGAUUGAUGGAGAUUGCUUUAUGGUCUCUCCUGAAGCCGACACAUAUUACGGAGCCAAGAACGAAUGUCAGGAGCGAGGUGGGAUUUUAGCACAAAUUAAAAACCAGAAGGUGCAAGAUAUUUUGGCUUUUUACCUUAGCCAGUUAGAGACUACAAAUGAGGUGACUGACCCAGACUUUGAAACUCGCAACUUCUGGAUCGGCUUAACAUACAAAAUGUCGAGAGAUUCAUUCCGUUGGGACUCUGGGGAACUUCCCACUUUUUACAGUUUUGCUUUUGGACAGCCAGAUAAUCAGGGUUUUGGAAACUGUGUCGAGUUGCAAGUUUCAAGUGCUUUCAACUGGAAUGAUCAGCGUUGCAAGACGCGCAACCGAUACAUCUGCCAGUUCAGUGAGAAGCACGUUGCACAGUGGGCAUGAAUGGGAUGUCAAUUGUGUUUCCACGGAGAGAUGUGAAACAAGUGUCGAUUUGUAAAUGAACUGAACUAGCCACCGCAAUAGAUUAGGAAUCGGGGAUCGUAGGCACUGAGUCCGAGCAAAGGCCAGGGUCAGUUUCGUGGCCAACCAGCACAGUUCUGGCCAUCCUGACAGUAGGAAAGUAGUGUGCCCUUGAAAUGUAAGUCCUUUGUUAUAACACAGAGACCCUGCAUUCAAACAAGGCAAAGAAGAAUUGUUCUCAAGUUCCUGGACUUCUGGACACUAAGGGAAUUGGUUCAAAGGGUCUGGAGUCUUCUCCUUGGUGCUUCCACGACAAAGAAAUAUCAAAGGUCAUAGUACUGCUCACUCUGAGGAAUACCUCACCACUCAGUGUUGGGUUGGGUGGUGGGGAGUUAGUGUUUUAUGAUUCCCUGCACGACAAGCCGCUGAACUGCUCAGAGCCAUUCCCCCAGAGGGUGCAGCAAUGAAAACGAAUAAAUGCGCCAUGUUGGCAGGCAGAUAAGUUAUAAUUAUGUACCCUUCAGAUGACAUGCCUGCCUCCUCACUGCAUUGCUUUGUUCAAGGUGUGUGAAUGCAUUCGUGUG